AUGGGAUGGGAGGAGUGGCCGCAAUACACCGCGCUGACUCCUGACGGCAAAGUCACAGCGGACAUUGGGAACGCCAUCUUCGACCAGAUCUCCACCAUUGUGAAAACGAAGAAGUGCCAGCCUCGCGAACGAUUCCUCCUGAAGGACCUGUUGGAGCUUCGGGCGGCCGGAUGGGUCACCUUCCGACCCCGGAGGCUGGAAAGGGCCAUGACGCUGUCCCAGGUUGCGGACUCUGCGGCGGGGCGGCGGGUAGAGCCCCAGGCGAUCCGCAUGGUCAGUGCGGCGCCAGUCUUUGACCAGGACAAGUUCCGUGAGGGUACGAAGAAGGCCCUCGUUGA